AUCAGCGUGGGUUUGUUUCGGUGGGCAUCGGCGUUGCUCUGUAAAUCUAUCUCACACCGGAUCGCACCUCAUCGCAUCGAGUUUUCUCUGUAGGGAGGAGUUGCGUGGCGUCCGGUAACCCACGCAUGGACAUUUCGACUUGGUAAAUACCUUACCCGGUCAUUAAGGACUAAUAAGGACAAAGGAACUGUGGAUUUUCUCCGUGGGAAUGACGGAUCCGAGGAGCGAGCGCUUGACAUUCAUCUCGUUAAACGACUGCCAUCAAGCAAAGGAAACACAUUGACUGAAGAGCCGGGGACUGUGUGUCUGUCUCUAAAGGAUUUAGCUCUGAACGCAGAUCUCAGGAUUACGGUGUUCAUGCAGUUUAGUGCAUCCAAACAAUAGGCAGUUUGGAUAGAGGAAGUAGCACGUUACCUUUGUGUUUACGGACAGGACAGCCGGUAGUGCAUAUGAAAGAGAUCUCUUUUAUAUCAUCUGAGCUAUUAAAUUGCGUUUUUGGCUCCAAAUAACUAGCUCCAUGCAAUCAUUUUUUUUUUAAAACAAUCGUUUUAACCUUUAGUCUGAUUUUAGUUUGUCUACUCGAUCUCGCCAUGCGUGAAAUACGGAUUUUAGGUGUCAGAUUGUAAGAACCCUGAGUAAGUUGUCAACUCCCUGCUUUAGAUUUCGUAUGUUUGGUGGGUUUUAGCCACAAAGAUCAUGGCAGCCGUCGUGAAUUACUCUCCUCCGUGGUGGGUUAACCUGCUCCACAGACUGCCUCACUUUAACCUGGGGUUUGAGCAAACCAGUAGUGAUUUUCGUCCAGAGGAUUCAUCAUACCAGCAGUCCCUCUUGUUACUGGCUGGCAUAGCUCUGGCAUGCUUGGCCUUGGACCUCAUCUUCCUCAUCUUCUACUCGUGCUGGCUCUGUUGUCGUCGUAAGAAGAGUGAGGAACAGCCGAACGCAGACUGCUGCUGCACCGCCUGGUGUGUCAUCAUCGCCACUCUCAUCUGCAGCGCUGGCAUUGCUGUUGGUUUCUACGGGAACGGCGAGACCUGUGAUGGGGUGAAUCGGCUUACCUACUCCCUUCGCCAUGCAAACCGCACAGUGGCAGAAGUGCACAGACUGGUAUCCGACAGUACGUCGGCUCAGAACAAGAUUGUGAAUGAGAAUCUGCGGCUAUUGAAAGAGCAGUAUGCAAAGCACACAGACUACCUGUCCAUCAUUCAGAAGCUGCAGGACCAACGGGGCGAGCUGGUCCGUCAGAUGGGUGAGAUUCCCUUCUGGAACAACCUCAGCAUCUCCCUGGAGGAUCUGGCUGUUAAGAUUGAACUAUAUGACUGGUACAGGUGGUCGGGAUACCUUGGUCUGCUCCUAUUCGAUGUUCUGAUUUGCCUGCUGGUGCUUUUCGGUCUCAUCCGCAACUCCAAAGCAACUCUGAUUGGGGUGUGUUUUCUGGGCGUGUUGGCGCUGGUAAUCAGCUGGGCCUCCCUGGGCCUCGAACUGUCUGUCUCCUCGGGCCUCAGUGAUUUCUGUGCGGCGCCUGACAUGUACAUCACAAAGGUGUCGGAGCAGUACACACAUAAGAGAGAUAUUUUGCAGUAUUACCUCACAUGCACCGCUGGCCAGAUCAACCCGUUCCAGCAGAAACUCUCUGGAGGUCACAAAGCACUGGUGGAAAUGCAGGGCGAUGUGUCCGAACUCCUGCGCUCUGCAGUCAGAGAAUACCCCAAAACAAAGAGGAACCUUGAGCAAAUUCAAGGAGUUUUAAACGGCACCGAGGUUGGACUGCACCAUCUCACGGCCCUUGUAGACUGCCGCAGUUUGCACAUGGAUUAUGUGCAGGCAUUGACUGGUGUUUGUUAUGAUGGACUGGAGGGGCUGAUCUACCUGGUGUUGUUCUCCUUCAUCACGGCGCUCAUGUUCACCUCUGUCGUCUGCAGUGUGCCACACACCUGGCAUAGCAAAAGGAAUGACGAGGAUAGCGAGGAAGAGUCUGUAGCUCCUGCAGGAAGAGCAAACCAUGAGAAUUUGUAUCGGGUACACAUGCCCAGUCUCUACAGCUGUGGCAGCAGCUACGGCAGCGAGACCAGCAUCCCUGCAGGAGCACACGCUCUCAGCAAUGCCCCCGUCACAGAGUACAUGACUCAGAAUGCAAACUUCCCGAACCCUCGCUGUGAGAACACUCCGCUCAUCGGGAGAGAAUCCCCCCCACCCUCUUACACAUCCAGCAUGAGGGCCAAGUACCUGGCCAACGCUCGCCCCGACCCCAACAGCAGCACCUCCGCAAACUAGAUGACUAUAAAGCCACAUACAUCUAGUUCCUACAGACCAGUUUCACCCCCAGGCCCACCCAUUCGGCUUCAAAUGAGGAUCUGAUAAGCUGCUCUUCAGCCCAACUAAUAAAGGAUGUCCUUGCAUUAUGUAAAUACUGCUGUCAAAGAAAUGUCCCAGAGAAAGGCAGCUAGUUCAGCGGGCGAAAGCAGAAGGUUACGUUCGGCUCUCUUUGCCCAUGACCAUCUGUAAUGAAUAUGAACUUUCCAUUACUUAGAGAUACAUUAAACGAUGCAUGUGUUGCCCUUCCUCAAUUGUGGUGCUCUUGCCAGAGGUUCAGAGGACUCCAGAACUGAACCACGGGUGUAAUGCCCUUCAUUUUACAUUCCUGCGUGGACUCUGUCCUCUGGUCAUCUGACAUAAUGUGACCAUCUCCAUAUGCAGGACGCGCUGCCACAGCAGGCCUAGAUACUUCACACCUGUGGCGUCUACUGUAACAUACCCAUAGAAGAACUGAUUUAUUUUAGAUUGUCCUUUAUGUAAAUAUAAGGGCAGAGACAUACUCUACACAAGUUUGCUGACGUAUGCACACGGUGGCUCAUAAAAGCUUUUGCAUUCAUGUACUUGAAUAGAGUAUGUCUGGACCUAGUUCUGUAGCAUGUAGGGAGGCAAAUGGUUUGGAUUUUGUCAUUUCAUUUGCGGGUCUUUAGGUGCGAGGAGUGAUGGAUGAAAGAUGCUGUGCAGCUUUUGGAAUUCACAUUUUUAUUAAUACACAAGGACUGCAUUAAACCAAUAAACACUGCAGUAUGCCUCGAACUUGACUGCCAGUACUGGAAACCCAUGAUGAUGAUGUUGACAUCUACUGUUUGCAUCCAAAUGUUUUCAAAUCCACGAAAUGCGAAACCCAGCAGAAAUUGCUUCAUCUGAUGCUGGGACAUUACAUUUAAUCUCCCCAACUUUGUUUAACUGGGAACAGUUUUGUUUUUUAAUGCAUAUGUGUUUUAUUGUAUGUCUGCUCAAGCCACUAUUGUGCUAAAUGCUAUAGAGUUCAUUGUAUUGUACGUGCAAUGCUCUUUGGUUGAACUGGAAACAUCAUGUGAACCCAGACAGUGGAGACCGAUGACUUCAUUUCCUGCGUCUGCUUUGUUUUUUUCCUAACAAAACAGAAGGGGGCCAUAAGCUUUAGCAACUCACGCCGUAAUUAAGUGUGACUUUCAAAAUCCCACAAUUUCCUGGGCUUGUUGCCUCUCGGCCACAAAUUGUGUUAUUUCCCUAAAUUGGGGAAAGUUUAUCAUCCCUGAAGAAGUCAGAAAGUGAUGCGCUGUCACUUGGAAUAUUUCCUUAUAUUGAGAGCACAGGAGAUGAGGCCAACAGCUGGCAUCUGAUCAGGGUUACAGCUGGAGCGUUGUGCUGUUCUCCUCAAAAGACCCCUCUCAGACGUUCUGAACUGAAUUUAGUAGAGUGUCCACUCUCCGACCUCACAUGGGAAUGCCAAUGUUCUCAUGCCACGGGCAGCCAGUCAAACAUCUCGCCUUGUUGACACCUCAGGGGUGACUCCUCCCUUGUUUUCAUACCUCUGUACUGCCAGCAUGUCAAAUGCAAAAGACCUAAAACCGUUCAUGUCCUCACCACAAGAUUUUUCAUCUGUUAAUAAGCUCCGUGGACAAAAAAUGUCUGUGUACUCAUUCCUAGGUGAAUGCAUGCAUGCUGUAUAAAUGCAGACGUGGAAUAAAAGCAAAUGCCAAUGUGACAGUUAUGGGAGCAGGAACUUCAUGGAGAAGGCAAUUCUUUGCAGGUUUAUGUAAAUAGAUGCUUGGAUUGUAUAAAUAAUCUAAAACUGAGUUCUCAAGGCAUGGCCAUCCUUAAAACAUGGACUUAAACCAUGUUGUGUGCUACUGACUUGUGCAUUGGUUUCUUGAUGGAUGCUUUUGUGAUCAAUGCCAAGGUUUGUAUCCUCACGUGCCAAUGACUGACAACUUUAUACCUUCCUUGUAUCUUCUAAAUGUUUCUCCUUCUUCAAACUGACUUUUUACUCAUGAGCUCUGCUUUGCCUGAACACCCAAACAAGACACCGGAAAACAUGAGCCUGGGUGUAUUUUCUGUUCUCCGUUUAUGAUGAUGCAGCCUGUUUUGAUGUUGGCAUUCACUCUUUGAUAAUGUCAUUCUGAUACACUGAUGUACAUACAGCAUACAAAACAAACGUUUGCAUAAAGAAUAGCCCUGUGUCGAGGACAUGAAUUUGUAGUAUGAGUUCAAACGUUUCUCUUUUUUAUUGCAUUUUUAUUUGGAUUUAAGGUCCAUGUGGCAUAUUGUCUUUUCCAUGCAAAUAAUUUCAAUGAUUUUUGUCUUUUAUUGAGAUAUUUUGAAAUGAGUUCACUGUAGGGCAACUUUUUUCUUUUAUUUGCAGUUACUAACAUAUUGUACAUGUAAAACAUGUGGUUUUAAUGAGCUUGAUCUGUGUUUUCAAAUUAAAUUGAACAUUAACUGA